CUGAUACUGUAGCAAGCAACCCAUCGAUUCUGAAGUCAUGUCCUCCUCCAAGCCGCCAAACCCUGACGAGUUUGAGGCUCGCCAACUCAUCAGUCCUGGGCUCGAAAACUUUCCAAAGGACCUCCCUGAUCGUCCUGGGGAAAAGAAGCUUUACCUUCGUACCUUCAUUCGCAACAAUAAGUUUCGCAUCAUCGUUUGCACAAUCGCCUUUCUGACCAUGAUCGGCGGAACAGUCGCUGCUGCACUCUACAUCAGCGCCGGCAUGCAGCGCGUUAAUGAGGGACAGGCUGCGAUAUCUGCACUUGCUUCGUCGCCAACUACCACCGCGGCCCCGACGCUGCUGCAGUCUACGCUAACGCAGACAAUGAUGGCGACGCAGACUUCUGUCGUGACAGGCCAGAUCACCAUCCCUGUCUCGCAGUUGCAACCGACCAUCAAUGCUCUCGCGACUGUGCAGCCCGCCCCGGCUAUCACUUGCCAGGCCGUAGAUACCGCGGUGACGUGUGGCAGCUUAGCCUCCCAGCCAGAACAGCGUCAAUAGACAGGACGUUGGAUCUAAAUCGCGGUAGAAUAGCCCUUUUGAGCUUUAGGGUCAUCAAUUUUUGGCAGCAUUCAAGCUCCAGUGCCUAAUAACACCAUUGAAUUCAGUUGCUAAGCCGGACGCAUAUGUCGGGAAAAUCUUUGUCGUUGUCGUGAAAGAAUGUUGGCGAUGUUCACCUGACCGCGAAUGGAUGCCAGUUGCCUCACUUCUCCGCUUGCCGACGCCACAGCCGACAGUCGUACCUUCGUCCUUGAUCUUCGUCCUUAAUCGUCCCUCUCAAUUCUGUCGUCGAACCGCACUUCAACCUCACCUUUCGCGUAGUCUUGCUUUGCGCUUUCG